UAGAAAUAGUUGUUGGUGGUGGGUGACCUUUGAGGGUUUUGAAAGGCUAAUAUUUGAGUCCAAACAUUUCUCUCAAUGGUCGUGUCUUUUCCGGUUACUCUUGCGACCCUGUGAUGUCACUCAUAUUUAGUAUAGUACUCUUAGGCAGAGACUAGAGAGGGAAGGGUUUCUGAGUUUGAGUUUUCAGAUGAACAAUCAAGUACUCAAAAUGUCAUCUACAAUUGCAUGCGGCGGUACUUCCAAAUUUAUGGCACCACUAUCAUUACCACAAUCUUUUAACAGCUUCGCCAUUACACAGAACAAGAAGAUGAACAAGGGUUUGGUGUUAGAUUAUUGGGGCUUUAGUAACACCAGAAGGAAUGUGAUUAUUAAGGCAUCAAGCGACGUCGUUUCACCAUCCAUAUGGGAGAAUUGGAAACCUCCCAAAUCCUCUUCCACUCCUUCCUUCAGCGAUAUUCUAUGGCCUUCUGCAGGGGCAUUUCUAGCGGUGGCCAUAUUGGGAAAACUGGAUCAGUUAUUGACACCAAAGGGACUCUCAAUCACAGUUGCACCAUUAGGAGCAGUUUCCGCACUCUUAUUUGCCUCACCUUCAGCCCCUUCCGCACGGAAGUACAGUAUGUUGAUGGCUCAAAUAGGUUGCGCAGCCAUAGGUGUUUUGGCGUUUACUAUAUUUGGACCUGGAUGGCUUGCCAAGAGUGCUAGUGUUGCAGCUUGUGUUGCCUACAUGAUUUACACCGACUCCGUUCACCCUCCAGCCGUAAGCAUGCCGUUGCUUUUCAUUGACGGUGUCAAGUUGCAACACUUGAGUUUCUGGUAUGUUUUGUAUCCUGGAGCAACUGGAUGCAUUCUGCUCUGUUUCAUUCAAGAGGUGGUUCUAUACAUGAAGAAGAAUUUCAGAUUCUGACAAAUGCUUUGCUUUGCUUUGCACAACCGUGAUAGAUUGCUACAUCUCUCCGUUGGUAGCCAUGGAACGUUGUUCUGCUAUACCUUCCAAAUUCCGAUUUGAGUUAAUCAAGGUCUCUCUGGUGAACAUCCUCCAACUAAAAAUAAAACGUUGUUUUAGAUGUCUCUUCUAAAAGCAAGGCUCGGGUGGAAACUAUGUGGAUGGUUCAAGUUUGCAGCAUGCAAGUUGGUACGUUGUAUAUUUGAAUGAGUUCAUUGUGUACUGUGUAUUGUCUGGUAAUUAUUUGACAGUAAUGCUUUUAAUUUGAAACAUUGCUUAAGAAUGGUUCCUCCUCUGGUAACGAAGUUGUUCAAAAUACUGCAAUGAGAACAUUUGAGUCUCUA